GGCAUUUCGAGUCGGAGGACGAUGGUCGUGGAGGUCCAGCGCAAGCUCACGGUGCUCGGGUACCCAGGCGUCGGCAAGUCGUCGCUCACCACGUGCUUCGUCGAGAACCGCUUCGUCGAGAACUACGACCCGACGAUCGAGAACACAUUCCACAAGACGAUCCGCUUCAAGCACGCCCACUUUGUCACCGACAUCGUCGACACCGCAGGCAUGGACGAGUACUCGCACUUCUCGCAGGCCGCGUCCGUCGGCGUCCAUGGCUACAUCCUUGUCUACUCGAUCACGUCGCGGACGUCGUUUGAGAAGCUCAAGCUCAUCAAUGAGAAGCUCAUCAACAUGCUCGGGUCCGAGCCGCCGCGCGUGCUCAUUGGGAGCAUGUCGGACCUCGAUCGCAACCGCCAAGUGUCGACGGACGAGGCGCAGGCCAUUGCGCGCGCCUGGGGCUGCCCGUUCACCGAGUGUUCGGCCAAGCAAAACGAAAACAUCAAUGAAGUCUUUACGUACUUGAUCAAGGAGAUCGAGCGCGACUCGGGGCUCCUCGCCGUCGACGGCGAACCCAACUGCGUCAUCUUGUAGUGCAACCGCCCUUUUUUCUGCUUUUCUUCUUCUCAACGCCAUGUG